GAGGUUGCAAUUGACCCUUAAAACUGAACCUGUACAGGACUCAAGGUGCUUUUGUUGAAUGUGACCUUAACCACUUAUUCUGUGGCUCUAUUCACUUGAUGACUAUAUUUCCAAGUUGAAUUUCGUUGUAUUUUAAAUGAGUGAAGAAUAGUGGAAAGAAUUUUUGGUUGUUUACGAACUACUUAAACGCUUGUGAAAUGGAUCUCUUCAAGGAUUUGAUGAAUGUAAACAAACCGCUUCAAAAAAUUUGUGUACCAACUGGGCAGGUGGACGGAAAUAUUGUAAUUGAAGAUGAGAGCUUUUCCAGUGACGAUGAGGAGUAUAUGCAUUUGGAAAAGAAUAAAUCAAAUACCUACGCAAAAGAGUACCUCGACAAGGAACUGAUGUUGUAUGCUAAAUUACGUAGCAAGAAGGAGAGUGAUCUCAUGUCCAACGUGGAGGUAGUUGAGGACUUGCUAUCUUCAAUGGGUAGAGUGGAGGUUCAUCAACUAGAAGAAGAAGAAAUCAAAGAAGUCUACAGGAAAUAUCGAUUCGAUAAGCAGUCCGAGUAUUUGAACAUUGACGACUAUCGUUCAGAGAUUUUAAGUUUAUUGGCUGUGAAUCCAGUUGUAAUAGUGCAAGGUCCAACGGGUUGUGGUAAAACUACCAGAGUACCGCAGUUUAUUCUAGACGAGUGCAGAAUGCAAGACAAACCGUGUAAAAUAGUUGUGACUCAGCCACGUCGAAUAGCUGCCAUAAGUGUUGCUAAACGUGUGUGUGAGGAACGAGCAUGGCCAUUAGGGGAAGUUUGCGGUUACCAGGUGGGAUUGGAGAAACAGACUGGUUUCAAUACUCUACUUACGUACGUAACAACAGGAGUGUUGUUACAAAAAUUGGUUAAAGAAAAAAAUCUCAACGAUUACACACACAUUAUAAUAGACGAAGUGCACGAGAGGAAUCAGGAUAUGGAUUUUCUAUUACUACUGGUACGGCGCUUUCUCAACACUAAUUCGUACAACACAAAGGUUUUGUUAAUGUCUGCUACCUUAGAUACUGAUGAAUUUGCAGAUUACUUUAUGAACGCCCAUGAUACUCAAAUGCUCCCACCUCCUGUUCUAAACAUAAACAAGCCCAGUAGAUACAGCGUGCAAAAGUUUUACAUAGAUCAACUUCAAAAAUCGGCGCCCGCUUUCAACAUAAGUGAACCAAAAAUAGACCCCUCAUUGUAUACUUUAUUUACUGGUCUUGUACGCACAUUUGAUAAAUUGGAUCAAAUCGAUCCCAUUACGAAAGAAACAAAAAUCGGACAUGUUUUGGUAUUCUUGCCAGGGAUUUUGGAAAUAGAAGAAGCUCACGAUUCUUUAAUGAAUUCAUCUCAGAAAGUUGGCGAAGAUAAACAGACGCCAACUGUAGGCUGGUUGAUUCAUCCACUUCAUUCGAGCAUUACCACAGAAGAACAAAGAAAGGUUUUCUUCCCACCACCAUCGGGAGUCAGAAAAAUUAUAUUAUCUACGAAUAUUGCCGAAAGUUCUAUUACAGUACCCGAUAUUACAUACGUUAUCGAUUUUUGUUUAACUAAAACUAUGGUCUUGGAUCCCGAUACACAGUAUCAAAGUUUGCAACUGCAAUGGGCGUCACAUGUUAACUGUACUCAACGCGCUGGUAGAGUUGGACGAGUAAGCGAUGGUCGUGUCUACCGUUUUGUUCCGACACAAUUUUUUGAUUUGUAUCUUCCGAAAUCGGUAGAACCGGAAAUAUUGAGGGCGCCCUUGAAUCAUGUCGUUCUGGCAUCUAAGUUGUUGGAUAUAAAAGAACCGCCUAAGGCUAUUUUAGCUCUUGCUAUGAAUCCACCUGCCUUAGAUAGUAUUGAUAGUACCGUCUUGUACUUAAAAGAGAUUGGUGCGUUGACUGUGUGUCAAGAUGGCAAAAAAGUGAUGAAUGAUGGCGAUCUAACUUUCAUGGGUGAAGUGAUCGCUAUGUUACCUUUAGAUGUCCAUUUAUCCAAAUUUAUAUUUCUUGGACAUAUUUUUAGCUGUCUCGAAGCUGCGAUUAUUAUGGCAACUGGAUGUUCUAUAAGCAUAUUUAAAACUCCAUUCAAAGAACGUCUUAAAGCAUACACAAAUCGUUUACAAUGGGCAGACGGCUCUGCGAGUGAUAUCGUCGCUUACCUGCAUCUGUAUAAUGUGUGGCAAAGAAGGAAGCGACUACAUCCCAAUCCAAAAGCAGAGAAAUUGUGGUGUGAAAAAAAUUUUGUAGCUCAAAGGGCUUUGAAUGAAUGGCACAUUCUUGUGAAAGAAAUACAAUCACGGUUAGCUAGAAUGAAUAUCCAGCCCGAAGAAGGACCUGGGAAUGUUGUCCAUUCUGAAACUGAAUUGCCAAUUUUAAUUAAGGUUGUAAUGUGCGGAGCUUUUUACCCAAAUUAUUUCAAACGAUCCGUGGAUGCUGGUCAAAUUGAUGAACGUGAAGCUGUCAAAACCAUAGGGGGGCGUGAUCCAUUCAAGACCAUCUACUUUACAGGUUUCGACCACAAGCAACCUGGUCCACUUUAUGCAAAUUCGAUUAAAGCUAUCCUAAAAGAUUGCGCUACUGACAUGCAUGUUAGCUUUGAUAACAGCAGUAAGGUGUAUGUGGAAUUUAUGACGCCCAAACAAUUUGAGACUGUUAUGAUUGAUGGCCAAAGGUUUGUAACGACAAUGCCAGGAAAGAUUCGAACCGAGGUAUAUCGUGCAGUACGGCAGAGACAGUUGCAGUUGACUCACAGAAUCGCUGUAAUGAGCAGUUCUGAUAAAGCCUGGGCUAUUGCAAAAUCUGUCGGGAUUCAACCACUUGGGUCGACUAGGCGAUCUUUACCUUCGUUGGAACGAGUAAGCAGCAUUUUAGAGGAUGAUUCCGUAGUACAAUUUUCUCCAAUUGUCCCAACAUUAGACAUGACUUUUUUAAUUCUAAGAAUAUCCCAUAGAGUUGAUGCUGGACAUUUUUGGGCUCAUUUGUGUAGCAACGGUUCAACGCUAAGCCCCUUAUUGCCGGCCAUUUACGAGGAACUUAAUAAAGAGACAGUCCAAUUGCAACCGCUGGGAAAGACAAUGCCUGUGAUAGACACGGUUUAUGCUGCAAAAUUUUCCGACGACGAUCAGUUUUAUCGUUGCAAAGUUAUCUCAUUAAAUUCCUUUGGUAAAAAGCAAGCAUCUCUAGCACAGGUUUUGUAUAUUGACUUUGGAAAUACUGAGUUUGUGGAUACAGCUAAUUUGUUUUACUUGCCCGACACACCGUUAAUGUCAUGUCCCGCUCAGGCUGUUGAAUGCCACUUAAGCGAAAUUCAACCGUCUAUGGUCUUGAAUCCGAGAGCUUUGUGGUCGGAGGAAGCAGUUAGGAAAUUUGACAUGCGUACUGCAGACAAAAUGUUAGCCGCCAAGAUUUAUUCUGUUGUUAAUGAAGUUGUACAUUUGGAGCUUUAUGCUACCAACGUUACGUCAAUGAGCGAUUUUACACGUUCAGAAAACUAUUGGCUCAUUAAUGAAGGGUACGCUGAACCUGCAGAAGAAAGCUUUCUAUCUAAAGAAAACCAUAAUAAAAGGUUACUUUGCGCGGAGCAUCCUGAACAUUUUGCUUCGUUGCCCGAAGAAGUAUGUCAGCCGCAAAACUCAGUAAACUACCAUUUACCAAGCAAUUCCUGCAGUAGUAGUUUGACUUUGAAAGGACCGUACAGUCCAUUGGAGAUGCAAAUCUUCAGUGUGACGGCUAGCGGCAUGAAUAAAACUAUAACGAUUGAAGGAAGUUCUGUUAAUGCUGUACUGUUAGACACAGAUCCACAAGACCCUCACGAAAGGUUGAUAGUUGCCGCCCAUAUUGGACAGAAUCCUUCCGGUACAAUGCUAAAUUUACGACAUACUACAGUAAUGCCAAACAUCCACGGAUUUCCUAUGUUAAUGAGUCUGUUGUUCUGCCCUUCAAUGGAACCGAAACCUACCGCGGAUGGAACUCAAAUUGGUGCAAUACUGUGUGGAGUGGGUGGUUAUGACAAUACGCAUCGAUCCAUGUUUCCUCCCCAUGAUAUUUGUUUAACUUUAGACACAGAAUUAACAGAGUCUGAUUUGAAUGAAAUUAACCAAUUGAGGCAGUGGAUGAAUCACGCCGUUAAGGUUAUGGAGUUUUGUUGUAGAGGAAUUCCAUCUUCUUCUUCAAUGGCUCUUUGUCAAAGAGAAAUUAAAGAGCAGCUGCUCAAAAUUUUGAAAAUGAAACGUAAAAAUAUUGAACGUGUGUAUGUAAGACAUUCAUCUGUAUGGGGACAAACUUUGUAUGAUUCGGCCAUCUUACGAGCAAAUACACAGAACAAUUCCUCGCAAAUUUGGCCACUACACUGGAGCGUUAAACUAAACCCAAAUAAGGAAGAAGCAGCCUUAGAUAAUAAUAUUAGGGAAAUGGAAGAAGUUGCAUUGGGAAUGAGAACAGUCAAUGAAAUGAAUUGUAUGAAAUGCAAUUUCUUUUGUACUUCAGUUGGAGAAAUGAGGAUUCACCUUUCGUCAUCAGCACACAAAGAUGCUGGGAUGAAAUAUGAACAACGGCCUCGCAUGUGAUUUUAUUUGUAUUCGUGUUUAUUGUUAAGAGUUACCUCUUUUUUUUAUCAUUUGAAUAUUUCUUAAUGUGCUUUUGUUACUUUUAUAGUAAUUAGUUAUGACAAAACAAUUUAGAUGGCAAUAAAUUUCUGUUUCGAUCGAAACUGGCAUAUAAAUGA